AUGGCCGCGCAGGGAGAGCCUCCAGUCCAAUUCAAGCUUGUCCUCGUGGGUGAUGGUGGUACAGGGAAGACAACAUUUGUAAAACGCCACUUGACUGGUGAAUUUGAAAAGAAGUAUGUGGCCACCCUUGGUGUGGAGGUACACCCCCUGAUGUUUCACACCAGCAGAGGGCCCAUCAAGUUCAACGUCUGGGACACCGCUGGUCAAGAGAAGUUUGGGGGCUUGCGAGACGGCUAUUACAUCCAAGCCCAAGGUGCCAUUAUAAUGUUUGAUGUAACAUCAAGAGUAACUUACAAGAAUGUGCCCAACUGGCAUCGAGAUCUGGUGCGGGUGUGUGAAAACAUUCCCAUUGUGCUGUGCGGCAACAAAGUGGAUGUUAAGGACAGGAAAGUGAAGGCGAAGUCUAUUGUCUUCCACCGCAAGAAGAACCUCCAGUACUAUGACAUUUCAGCUAAAAGCAACUAUAACUUUGAAAAGCCCUUCCUUUGGCUCUCUAAAAGACUCACUGGAGACCCUAACUUGGAGUUUGUUGCCAUGCCAGCCCUAGCCCCACCUGAGGUGGUCAUGGACCCAGUGUUGGCAGUGCAAUACGAGCGUGACUUGGAGGUGGCACAGACCACUGCCCUCCCAGAUGAGGAGGACGACCUGUAG